AUGUCAACCAUAUCAAGUUUUUGCGAUAUUUUGAUGGUGAAAGUGGUUGGAGACCCUGAUUGGAGGCAGAGAUUCGUCGUGCUCAGCAACAGUACACUAUGGAUUUAUGGGGACGAUCAAGAUCCGAGAAGGACGAAAAUUCAUGCAGUGAGAGACCUGGCAGUAUGCCGAAGAAUUUGUGACGGAAGUCACCUAGUUUUGCAUAUAAAAAACAUAGCUAAAUUGGAUUGGUUUAAGAUUAAAUUCAACACAGAGAAACAACUAAUCGCUUGGAAAAAACGUUUGCGACAAGUAAAAGAAGCUUGGAACGAAGAGACUUAUUUUCAAUAUCUUAAUCAAAAAUCUCAGCUUAGAUCUCCAUAUGAGCCAUUGACUAGGAUAAAUCAACAGGUGCCUAGUAAUAAACUAUCAAAGCCUCCACGUAUGCCAUUCUCUAGGAGCCGUUCAUUACAAGAAAUAAUAAGUUGGGAAAAGUUACCCAUGACACUUACUCAAGUAAACAAGGAAAUGCUUUGUGGAAUAAACGACAUAGAUGCAAUUUUAGUAAGAGUACGAUUAUCAAUCUUGGAAAACGAAAUGGCUUACAACAGAGAAAUGGACAAAAUGCUAGUCGCUUUUAAAAAACGGGCACUGUGGCCUGAUUAUUUUCUGAUGGAUGACAAAUCGUUAAUUGAACAAACGCUAUCCAAAUUGAAGGAGAGUUCAGACACUCUUUUGCACGAUGUUGAAGACAUGUGGCCAGACGCUCCUAUGGUAUUACAGAGUUUGGACGAUCUAGCUGAUUUAUUAAUUAAACACUUGAAAUCAGUGGCGAGGACCCGAAUGAUUACCUACUGCCAUCUUCUACGGGAUUUUAGGCCUUUCUUGCGCAAUAAUUUAGAGAGCGUGGACGACAUAUACACGGACGUGUACAGCGAACACUUCUACAUGGAACGAGCGCUUCUGCCAAUCUUCCGGGUGUACAAGCUAAAAGGCAUAUCCAAGAAGCUGGCGGUCAUGCUAGCCACCGAGAAGGACGCCAACAGCGCACGUUGGAACAGGCUGUUCGACCUGUGUCAGGAGACGCUGACCGAGACGUACGGCGAGCUGUCCAGACUGUUCGGCGACUAUUACGCGCUGAGCGUGACGCAGUUGUUCGCGUUCAGCGACAAGCACGCGGCGUUCGAGCGCAACGGCAACAUGAGCCUGUUCGAGAAGUUCGAACUGGCCAGGGAGGUGAGCGAGAUAUGCGACUCGGUGGUGCCACUCAUCAAGGUCGUAAUCGUGGAGGGUGGCAAGCGGGGCGACGGCACCGCCGCGGCCGUGUCGGACGACGUGGUGGCCGCUGUGGAAGCCGCGGCGGCCGGUCAACGGCGCAGAUGUGGCUCCGACUGUUGGGACGAUAAUAACAGGCGCCAAAAUCGGGACGGGGCCGCCCGACCGUCUGAGGAAAUUACGUGCAAAAAUCCGUUCGGAACCAUCAUGGAAUACGACGUGGACAGAAAGUCGUCAUGCCGGAAGAAUUUCGGCGUCCGCGGCGGCAACAACAACGUCAAGAACAAGCAGAGGAAGACCGCGGCAUCAGCGUCCGGAAAGUGCAUCGAACUCAAGGUGUACUCGCGCUCGGUCAAUUAUUUCCACGAACAGAUCGACGAACAGGCGGUGGCCUGCAGCGGUUUUGUCGCGACGCGCGUGUCGUCUUCCGCCUCACUGCCAUACUGA